GGCCGUCGGCCAAGCGACGGGAAGACUCUCCUCGCGAAAUAGAGAAAAAAUACGACGAGGUCGGGCGGCCGAAGAAAAGGAGGGAACGUGGAAGUCACCCAUGCCGCGAUUACACUAACCACGUAUGUCCGGUGUCGAGCGAGUCGAAAUGGCGACGAUCUGCAUAAUCUUCGGGAUCCUCGCUAUCUUGGGCGUCGGACUUACGCAAGGACGGACCGUUCGACUAGAUGAAAUUAAUCCCGACAUUGUGGUGUCCGUGGGCGAGAAGCUCAAUCUACGUUGCCAAAACUUCAACUUCGAGACGACGUGGUAUAAAGACGACGAAGCGUUGCAUAAGUCGACCAGCAGGAUACGCGUAAACAAGCAGCUUUUGAAGUUCAAAUAUGUCGAGAUGGACGACACGGGCGUCUACAGCUGUAGAUUGGAGUCGAAUGAAACCAUCGACUGGAAGAACGUGAGCGUGCGCGUCGAGAACCUGCAGAACGACGGCUUCGAGAACGAAGGCGAGGACAGGAGCGGCGCGAUGAACGUGCUCAGACCGGAAGACGGGAGCAACGAUCUCGAGACCGAAACCAGAAACUUGCCGGAGACGCGGUCGUUGCAUAUGGACACCGAGAAAUUGGACGCGGACCUGGACGAGAAGAGCGAGCAGGAUGCGGAGGACGAGCACAAUCAGAAGGUCCCGGAAAGCCCGCCAUCGUUCAACAAGACCGACGAGAUGCACUUGACGGUGGUGAAGCCCGCCGGCAGCACGAUGCGAUUGAGAUGCCCGAGCGUGGGCAAUCCCAAACCGAACAUCACGUGGCUGAAGAACAACGAGGAACCAAGACGGGAUCUUGGCGUCGUGAUCCGUACCAAGUGGACCCUGAGGUUGGAGGAUCUCGUUACCAAGGACAGCGGCAAUUACACGUGCAUCGUGUGCAAUUAUCUGGGCUGCAUCAACUAUACCUUCAAAGUCGACAUUAUUGAGCGUUUCCCGCAUAAGCCGUACAUCAAUGAGGACUACCCGAAGAACGUGACUGCUCUGGUUAACAGUACCGCGACCUUCAGGUGCCCCAUUGUCUCCGAUCUCGAACCGUAUAUAGAAUGGUAUAAAGUCGCCGAAUAUCCCGGCGAUCAAGAGGACUCGCCCAAAGCCAAAGGGACUCUGAUCCAGGCUGGAAACAAGGGAGCAGAAAAUCCUGAAGAGCUGAAUCUGUACAACGUUACUGAAAAGGAUGAGGGAUGGUACACGUGUAUUGCCCAGAACACUUUAGGGGAAACAUUUGCUAACGCUUAUCUACGUGUAGUAGAUCACGAAACACUGGACGAGCAGAGAGUACCGCUAGCCGCGAAGCCGCAGAUCCUAGUGAACGUUCUAGCGGGCAUUCUAUGCAUAUUCUUUGCCGUGGGUGUCGUCGUAGUGAUAUACAUCUUCCAUCGACUGAAACGCGAGAAAAUGAAGAAGCUGCUCGCGAUAGAAACGGCGCGAGCAGCGGUCGUCACGCAAUGGACCAAGAAGGUGAUCGUGGAGAAGCAGAAAUUGGUGAACGCGCAGAACGCAGAAGGGGAGCUGCUGAUGCCGGUGGUGAAAAUCGAGAAACAAAAGUCCACCGUCAUCGCCGAGGACAACACCAGCGACAACGUGUCCGAGUACGAGCUGCCACUGGACAGCGCUUGGGAAUUGCCGAGGGAAUAUUUCACGUUUGGAAAUACCUUAGGCGAAGGAGCCUUCGGCAAGGUCGUCAGGGCUGAGACGAACACCGGUAAACCCGGAAUACCCAGCGUCGUAGCGGUAAAAAUGUUGAAAGAGGGUCACACGGACACCGAGAUGAUGGAUCUGGUUUCGGAGAUGGAGAUGAUGAAGAUGAUCGGCAAGCACGUGAACAUUAUCAAUUUGCUGGGUGCCUGUACUCAGAACGGUCCUCUAUACGUCGUAGUGGAGUUCGCUCCUCACGGCAAUCUACGAGACUUCCUCCGAGACCACAGACCCACCGCGGGAUACGAACCGGCUAUCGGACAAGAGCCGAAGGAACGAAGGACCCUCACGCAAAAGGAUCUGGUCUCGUUCGCGUACCAAGUGGCGCGUGGGAUGGAGUACCUGGCCAGUAGGAGGUGUAUACACAGAGACUUGGCGGCCAGGAAUGUCCUCGUCAGUGACGAAUACGUGCUGAAGAUCGCUGACUUCGGUCUCGCCAGGGACAUUCAUUGCCACGAUUACUACAGGAAGACAACGGACGGACGGUUGCCGGUGAAGUGGAUGGCCCCAGAGGCUCUGUUUCACCGUAUUUACACCACUCAGUCCGACGUAUGGUCGUACGGGAUUCUGUUGUGGGAGAUUAUGACGCUGGGCGGCACGCCUUAUCCGUCCGUGCCGUCGGUUGAGAAAUUAUUCCAGCUACUUCGAUCGGGCCAUCGAAUGGAGAAGCCGCCCUGCUGCUCGAUCGAAAUAUAUAUGCUCAUGAGAGACUGUUGGAGUUAUCAACCGGGCGAAAGGCCGAACUUUGAAGAACUGGUCAUCGAUCUCGACAGAAUAUUAACGAUAACGGCGAACGAGGAAUAUCUGGAUCUUGGCCUGCCCCAGUUGGACACGCCUCCGUCCAGUCAAGAGUCCAGCGAGACGGAAGAGGAAGGCGAGGAGAAAUUUCCAUAUCUGCUGUGAGUCGUGUACUCGUUGCGAGGAACGUCACUUAGAUCUCGCGUAGACGAUGAGGUACUCGAGAUAACUCCAGCCGACUCGCGAGUGUAAUAAACUAUCGGCAAGAGCGAGCGGAGUGAAAUACGAUAAAUAACAAAGAGAUGAGGAGUCUGAGCGUAAGAGAUCAUACGCGAAGGAUAACCGACUGAAACAAGCGAACACGCCAAAUAAAAUAAAUCAGUAUUGACCUGUGUAGCGCGUAGAAUUAAGAAGAGUGCGUUAUUCAUGAAGCGGUAGCGUAUGUCAGUGUUAUUUUGCGUAUCGACGAAACCUAACAACCCUGUGUCGCUAUUGUUUAUCGCGAAUUUUGACAUACGCCAGAUUUAGGAUCAACGCGAAGGAACGAGCGACAAGCGGAAACUGAAAGGACACUAUCUUUUGCGGCGUCCUUGAACACAAAAAGCGAAUUCGUAUAUCGCUUAUACAGACCUUAUACGUAGAUGUAAUAAUUGUGCCAUGAAUCAGUGCCUUGCAAAGGUAUCGAACGACAAACGAGGAGAUGUUAUCGUGACGGAGAUAUUCGCCCAUAUGCUGGAUCGCGUAGAUAAUACGAACGGAUAUCAGACGAGAGAACAUGAUAAUGUGUAACUAGUCAACUGUGGAAAUUGUAUGUUUUUCUGUAUUAUAGUAGCUGGUAGACUUAGCGUUUUUACGCGGCUAGCAUUAGCGGAUGGCGAUCGUAGAUUUUCUAUAGCGGGCAGCAAGUUUUGUAGUAGUGUUUUGUAAAAAAAAAAUGCAAAGACGGUUCAGACACGUAAAAGAUCGAAUCGUGAAAAGAAGCGAGCAUCGUUUCGAGAAGAAAGUCCAAAGUAUCGCUAUAAGUUUUGUAGCUGUAUUAGUAUCGAUUGCGAUACUAAUACAUAUAUGUGUAUAAACGGGAGGAGAAAGGCGCUUAGAGAUAGAUAAUUUAUUUCUCGUAUAUCAGUGUCCUUCAAGUAUAUAUAUACGCGUCUUCAGGAUCUUUCUUUUUUUACGUAAUCUUAAGUUACAUCGUUCGAGCGACCCUUUUUGUAAAAAGUGACAAAAUAACGGAUUUACGCAUUAGAGGGUAGUUUUAUAAUUCGUGACUUGUACAUAUGAGAGUUUAUUUAAUAAUUAUUUGUUAUCUGAAAGUAGAGUAAAGACAGGUAAAUUAGCAUUUACCUGUGGUACAUAGAUUUUAUGUAUAAACUGUGUAAAGGAAUCGUCAUCACAAUAUAAAUCUCAUCUCAAUUUUUAUCAAA